AUGUCCACUCCAUCUGUCCAAGUAUGUAUGAGUUGAGAGAACGGGAAGGGUAUUGAAGAGGAUACGAGAUAAUAAAGAGCAAAUGUGAAAUGAAGGAAGAAGAUAUGGUAAAAUGGUGUACUGAAGAAAUAAUUAAAGAAUAUUAAUGAGAAAGAGGAAAAGAGGGAGAAGCGAUAAAUGAGAGAUGAGGAUUAUGAAUGAAGAAAUGGGUAGCAUGAGAAUGAAGAGAAUAAAGAAGCGAACAUAAUGAACGUACAACGAAAAAUCAGCAUAGAAUUAAGAUCGAACUUCAAGCCACCUAAUUUCCGUGUAAUUACGUCCCAAAAAUGAUAUACUAACAUUUUAGACUUUUGGUAAAAAGAAGACUGCUACUGCUGUCGCACACGUCAAAGCCGGUAAGGGUUUAAUCAAGGUCAACGGUGCCCCAAUCACCUUAGUCCAACCAGAAAUCUUACGUUUCAAGGUCUACGAACCAUUAACCUUAGUUGGUUUAGACAAAUUCCAAAACAUCGAUAUCAGAGUUAAGGUCUCCGGUGGUGGUCACGUCUCGCAAGUUUACGCCAUCAGACAAGCCAUUGCUAAGGGUUUAGUUGCCUACCACCAAAAGUUCGUCGAUGAAGCCUCUAAGAACGAAUUAAAGAAGGUCUUUGCUUCUUACGACAAGACCUUAUUAGUUGCCGACUCCAGAAGAAUGGAACCAAAGAAAUUCGGUGGUCGUGGUGCCAGAGCAAGAUUCCAAAAAUCUUACCGUUAA